GAAGAUAAAUGUAUAGGUGUUUAUGAUUGCAAUUAGCCUUUAAACAGACAGACUGGAGUGAUGAAAUCAUCUGGAAAUAUUUUAAUCAUUAAAAUAGAAAAUAAUUUGAGAAGAUGUCCGGUGUUCUGUUGAAGUCUGUUCCCUCUAUGUGUUUCUUAUAGCGUUUUCAUCACAUCACAUUACAAUUAUUAUUUAUUUAGAAAGAUUACAUUUUUAAUGGGUUAUACUAAAAGGCAAUAUCACCAUUUAUUAAAUAUUUCAUAAUUUUUCUGUUGUCUAUUAUUUCUUUUUACCUUAUAUCUUAGCCUAUAUCAUCUUCCUGUUUGUUCUAAAAUUAUUACAUAUUUAGAUAUAAAUAUAACACACACAAGUGUGAAGUGAUUAAUAUAUAAACAGGCCUAUAUGCAUAUUAAUUAGUAUGAAAACUUAAUAGUUUUAGAACAAACACGUUGGCUAUAAAUAUAAGGUAGAAAUAAUAGAAAACGGGAAAAUGAUGAAAUAUAUAGUGGCAGGCACGUGCACAGAAAGGGCUUAAACUGUGCAGCGCCAUUUUUGUUGGAGGUGUUUUAUUAUUAUUAUUUUUUAAAUAAAUCAAUGAUAUAACCCUUUAAGUCUGUCUGUUUUACAAAUAUAUUUAUCAAAUUAAAGUUAUUAAAAAACUCAAUCUUUUUGGAUCCGCUAAAACUAUCAGUGACGCAGCAGAGCAGCUUAACGUCUUGCAACGGUAAAUAAAUAUCUUGUUGUUUGAGUAGGGCAUGUGAAACAAUACAGAAUGCACGACCGGGUUUUUACGGCUCAUUUGCGAUCGUUUAACCGAUCACAGCCCGGGUAAAGUCAACAAAUUUUCCUCAGAACCGGGAGAAGACAAAAACUUGUAGGCUAUUUAUGAAAUGUAAUAGGCAUGAUAAUAUGCUAUGGAAUGUAUGUUUCCAAAGAAAAACACGGAUAAUACAAAUACUUGAAAAAAUACUUUUAAGUAGACAGUAAAACCUCUGCUUGAUAGUGACCAUAGCAACUCCCACCUGUGGUCUACUUUGGCAUGAACGAUCUAUUUACUUCUCCUUUCGGUGUUUUUUGGCAGUCUGUAAAACGACAGGUCCGAAUUAUUGUUAAAUCUGUUCGUACUAUCGCACAACAGCUUUUUCCCAGAUUCUGUACUGAAAUUCUGCGCUCUGUCUUUUUGCCACUGAGUGUGCGUGCCGCGUAACCGCAGGGACUUUCGCCAAAGGUGACGUCACGUGCAUACCCUCUUGAUAUCUCCAUGUGAUAUCCCAAGGAGUUCACACCACACUCCAGAAGAUGGCGGUAAUGCGCACUGUUUGUAAACUGUCAAACCACCGAAGAAGAAGACGCGUCUCUCCGUCUUCUCCAGUACCAAAGAGUAUACUCUUUGCCAGUACAGCAGGAGGCGCUGCAGCUCUUUAAUCCGCAGAUAAACUCCAGAAAGAAAGUAAGAGCGCGUGUGUUGUGUGUUUGUGUAUCCUCGGUGUUUUUCUCUCGUGCGUGUUUCAUUGAGUGUAAACAGAGUCUUGUCUCUGUGUAUUUUAGUGUUGAGACGUUAAUGAUGAGAUGUGCUGUGCUGUAAAUCAUGAACUGAUCUGUUCAUGCUGGAUAUAUUGAUGAUUUCAUCACAGAAAUCUCUCAGCUGAAGAAAGAGGUGGAGUUACUGGAGACAAAGCUGAGGUCAAGAGGAGAUUUAGCAAUGAAUCGAGCGGUUUGUACAGCUUAAACAUCAUUUAACUGAAUCAGACAACAUCAAAUCAUUUCAUGGAUCAAACCUCCACAGAGUCUCUGGAUUCUGUUUGUAACGCUGGAGAACAGCAGCAGAUCCUGCAGACCAAACUGAAGAUGUGUUCAGUUAAACUCAUCGACUGCACGAACCUCAUGAUGAAGAUUAAAACUGAACCCACAGAAAUCAAAACUGAACACACAGAAAUCAAAACUGAACACACAGAAAUCAAAACUGAACACACAGAAAUCAAAACUGAACACACAGAAGAGGAAGAUCGCACUGAUGAAGAUGAUGAUUUUAUUCCAUCAGAUGUGAAGAGUGAUUCAUGUUUGGAUAUAGAAAUAACGUCCUCAACAUCAAAAGAGCGACUGACAGCACAAACUCUUUCCUGCAUCACCUGUGGAAAGACAUUCAGCUCACAGAGACAUUUAGAGAGACAUGAGAGAAAACACACAGAACAGAAACUCUUCACCAGAUCUGAGAUCAGCUUUACUACCUUACAAGAGAAGAAACUUCAUUCACAAGAGCACAGAGAGAAGAAGAAGAAGAAGAAGCAGUUUCACUGUGAGCAGUGUGGGAGGAUUUGUGUCUCUUCCUAUAAACUAAAUAUUCACAUGAGGAUACACAGCGGUGAAAAACCUUUCAACUGCACUGAAUGUGGAAAAUACUUCAGAACCAAACCAAAUCUUAAAAUUCAUCAGAAAAUUCACACUGAAGAGAAACCUUUUCACUGUAGUGUCUGUGGGAAGAGUUUUAGUCAUUGGAAUAAGUUACUUAAUCACAAAAGAAUUCAUACAGGUGAAAAACCUUUCAAAUGCUCUCAGUGUGACAAGACAUUUGGUUGUUCAAGUAACUUAAGAGUUCAUCGGAGAGUUCAUACUGGAGAGAAACCUUAUCUCUGUAGUGUCUGUGGGAGGAGUUUUAGUCAACAGACUACAUUACUAAAUCACAAGAGAGUUCAUACAGGACAAAAACCUUUCAAAUGCUCUCAGUGUGACAUGACGUUUGCUCAGUCAGGUUACUUAAAAUCCCACCAGAGAGUUCAUACUGGAGAGAAACCUUAUCACUGUAGUGUCUGUGGGAAGAGUUUUAGUGUAAAGGGUUCAUUACUAAAGCACAACAGAGUUCAUACAGGUGAAAAACCUUUCAAAUGCUCUCAGUGUGACAAGACGUUUGCUUGUUCAAGUAACUUAAAAGCCCAUCAGAGACUUCAUACUGGAGAGAAAUCUUAACACUGUAAUGUUUUUGGGAAGAGUUCAUCAACAGUCAAACUUUGAGCUUUAAGCACCAGUGACCUUAAUAAGGUUAUGACACCUUUAAAUAUGGUUAAAACUUAAUAGUAAAAAAAGAACAAAUAUUCUAAUUAUGAGCAAUAUUGCAGAUAAAUAGAACAGAACAAACAAACAAUUGAAAUAAAACUGCUGCUCAUGUUUUUAGAUUAAUCUAACAGUACUGUAUUAUGGAGGACUAAAAAUGACUUAAAGGUCCCAUAUUUGAAAGUUUUAUUUUAGGUUAUGAUGUCCUUAUGUUAUUUUUUACUCACUUUCAUGUUGUUUGUAACAGUUACAAACCUGUAUAAAUUUCUUUGUUCUGAUGAACACAACGGAAGAUAUUUUGAGGAAAGUUUGAAAUCAAGCUAUAUGUGAUCCCCAUUCGCUUCCAUAAUAAAAAAAAAUUCUUUCUAUGAAAGUGUUGUUUUUUGACACUUGUUUUAUGAGUGAAAUACGCAUUUGAAAUAACGUUACCCAUGGAGGUAAACUAAAUGUUAGUUUCUGUACACUAAAUGGGCCGGUGUCUGUAACUUAAAAAAAAAAAAACCGUUUGAUUUCCAACAGAUAUUUUAUCUAAAUUUGAGGCUACCAAAGACUUUAGCAUUACAAAACAACCCGUUAGCAUCACAUAUUCAUUUACAAUAUAUAAUUUCAGUUUUCUCUGGCUUAAUAAUGUAACCUAAAAAGAGGGCUGCAUGUUAAAUCGCAUUUGAUUGUCUCGCGCAUCUCGUCAGUAAAGCGACAGCCGGUUCAGAAAGCAGGGGCCUCAUUUAUAAAGCGUGCGUGCGCACAGAUUUGAUCGUAAAGUGUGCAUACCCAAAAAUACAUGGCAAAGUCCAUAUUUAUAAAAACUGUCUUUGACGUGGAAAUGUGCUUGGCGCCACGUCAGGGUCUGAGCAGACGUACGCACUUUUGCUUGUCAGAUUGCUGCAGGUUUUUGGAAAAUAAGCCAUUCUUGCUGUUUGAAAUUGGGUUUAAACAUUGACAAGGGCUCUUUUAUAUGUCUGACAUUAAUUACGCAUUAUUUAAAGGCAAAGAUCUGAAACUGCUCGGCUCUGCGCGCACAAGUUCAACUUCAUUUGCGAUUUAUAGAUUUGAAAGGGGUACGCGUGUUUUCUGACCGUACGUUCGGUUUAUGAAUCACACGUACGCAUUUUUUGUUAAAUGAUCGCAAGAUCAAAUGUAGGAUGUUUUUUACGCAGCAUUUUAUAAAUGAGGCCCCAGGUGAUGGUGCUUUACUAUUAAUCUAUGGCAGGUUAUCCAUAUGGCAGAUAAAAUGUGCAAAUAAACGUCCAAUUUUCGAAUGGCUAUUCGAACGUUUGCCAAACGUCUUGAAAUUUUAGUGCCUAGCAGCAUGUGCAACCCACAUGACGACCUGACAUGACGUCAACGCCUUAAAAGUAGCAGGGGUUAUUAGGUAAUGUGCCAAGCUAUUAAACAGUGUGUGUGUCCGGAAGCAAACAAACUGUUCAGAACUAUAUAUAAUAGUGUUAAUUUUCAUAUUUAUAAUAGUGUUGUUUUUCGUAUUUUAUUUACACAUUUAUCAUUUUUAUAUCACAUUUGUCUCUUUUAUAAACUCUUUUGUUGUGUGUCAAACUUGUUUAUUUUAUAUUGCAUGCUGUGAUUCUACAAAUAGGUUUAAAGUCUUAAUGUCUUGGGACCAUAAUGUCAUUAAUUGUCCAUUAACUUGGCUGGAUUAUUCAGUAAAUUUUUUUGUUCAUUUUUACAAUGAUUACGUCUCCUGACUUCUGCUAUAGGCCU